AUGGCAGCAUACCCUCGUCCAGAUUUCCAACGCCCAGCCCUCAAUUGGACGUCGCUCGACGGUCCCUGGGACUUCAUCUUCGACGAUGCAGACAACGGUCUAUCACAGCGUUGGCCCCAGAAGGGGAUCCCCGCCAGCACUGCCACCUGCGCCAAACGCCAAAUUCAAGUUCCGUAUGCAUUUCAAACUCCCGCAUCAGGAAUUGGCCUUCACGAGGCUCACGAGGUGCUGUGGUACGAGCGUACUAUAGAAGAUAUUCGUACGGCGGACGAACUGGCCAAGGGGAACCGAUUAGUGCUUCGCUUUGGUGCAGUAGACUAUGACUGCAGUGUCUGGGUUGAUGGCCAGGUGGUCGGAGGGCAUCGGGGUGGUCAUGUGCCCUUUGAGAUCGAUGUGACCGAUGCCCUCGAGGCCCAAGAGAGUACUACGGCGGCUAGACGUCUAACGGUUCGGGUUAGAGACUCACCAUCUGAUCUUUGUCAGCCGCGCGGGAAACAGUAUUGGGGCCCUGUCCCUGAAAGUAUCUUUUACACACCGACGAGUGGAAUCUGGUUGUCUGUUUGGUUGGAGAGUGUGCCCAGGAUGCGAUUGGGCAGUAGCAGUGACGGCCUGGUCUUCCGGUCGGAUGAUAUCAACCGGGGACAGCUUUAUGCACAGGUCGUGGUGCUAGGUCGCCCAGCAGCGGCGAAGUGUCAGGUAGAGAUCGAGGCGAGUCUAGGGGGUUUCGUUUUGAGUCGCAGCAGACAAGAUCUGCCACAAGACAAAGACUACGCGAGUCUCGAUGUGGACAUGCGUGGGUCGGACACUGGCCCGUUGAAGGAAAAGGCUCCUUUCAACGUUGAUGGGUGCUGGCACAAUGGAGUAGCGCUCUGGUCACCCGAGCACCCUAACCUAUAUGACUUGGCUUUGCGUCUAUAUGAUGCAUCGGGUAACCUGGUUGAUGUGGUUGAGACUACAACCGGUAUGCGCAGUAUAACCUGGAAGAAUGGGGACGGGACCUUCCGGCUCAAUGGGAAGCCUCGUUUCCAAACCCUGGUACUAGAUCAAGGGUAUUGGCCGGAGACCGGCUUGACACCCCCUUCGCAGGAGGCACUGAAGGCUGAUAUCGAGAUGGCGAAGGAAAUGGGCAUCAAUGGGUGCCGAAAGCAUCAAAAGGUGGAAGACCCCGUCUUCCUUUACUGGGCUGACAGACUGGGAUUUCUGGUCUGGGGAGAGAUAGCGAAUGCCUACGAGUUCAGUGACGAAUACAUCUCUCGGUUCAACAGCGAGUGGAUAGAAGCUGUCAGAAGGGACAUCAACCAUCCAUCUAUCGUAGCCUGGACUCCUUUCAACGAGAGCUGGGGAUAUCCUUCCCUGAAGGAUAACAUCGAGCAGCGGAACCAUAUCCGAGCGGUGUACUACUUGACGAAGACUCUGGAUCCCACUCGACCCAUUAAUGACAACUGCGGCUGGGAGCACGUUUCGACAGACUUGACAACCUACCACGACUACUCCGAUCACCCUGCACUGGCCGCAACCUGUGCCGACUUCGAUAAUGGCAUUCUGGGCCAGAAAUCAGAUCGCGACAUGUUUGUGCGCCCAAUUUCUUCCGCUGGCUCUCAACCCCUGGACCCCGGCACUCAACAUACGCCAGGAGCCCCAGUGAUUUGCUCUGAAUUCGGAGGAGUAAAUAUCAUUCCGGCAAAGGGUACUGCCGCUGGUGAAAGGGACUGGGGCUAUACUACCGCAAGCAAUCCGGAAGACUUGCUGAGCCGUCUUGAAAAGCUAGUGAUGGCUGUCGUCAAGGGAGGGCAUACAUGUGGCUUGGUAUAUACGCAGUUGUGCGAUAUCGAGCAAGAAGUCAACGGUUUGUACUCGUACGAUCGCAAAGAGAAAGUGCCGGCAGCCAGAGUGAAGGCCAUCAUGGAUGUUGCCAAUAAAUACUACUACGAGCACGUAGCACCGAAGUAA